GAAUCGUGUCUGCCAAUAGGAUGUCAUCUGGCAACAGGAAAGCACUCGCAGACAGGGGAGCCCAAACUAUUCCUAAUAUGUAAAUUUGCAUCGAUCUCCGACAACCCAAGCUCAAACCUUAGGAUCGUGCAAGAUACUCCCAUAUCCAGCAUAAGACAUGCUCAUGUCAACUCGGUUCUUCCAAGGAUUAGUUAAAUCGUGAAACGUCCAACGACAACAUGGCGGGAACUCGUCUGCCCAGACUGGAGACUCUAGUCCUCCUGGCAAUGGGAGGUAAGUCUGGUGGUAUUUUCAAGUCCAUUUCAUAGUUUAUUGUCUUAAUUUUGAGAAGGGAUGUUAAUACAUUUAUUUUUCUUCGGCAAAAAGUGAUCGGUUCUAGAAAUCUGGCUUUAGAUUUAUACGAUCCAGGCUUCGGUCUUACAUGAACGCAAAAAGGGUUGGGGGGGGGGGGACGGCUUUCCUGUACUUUUUUUUUUUGCUAAUUAAUACAUACAUAUUUGUUGGGGGGGGGGGGGGGNGAGUUUUCCUUUUCUUAGAUUAUGAGUUGCCGCAUACAAUUAGUGAGUUUCAUCCCCCCCCCCCCCCCCCUUUUCUUAACACUGAACCUUAUUUUCAACGCAUUGCAAACUGUUGCUCACAGCAAUGUCAAGGUCGACACGAUGGUUUAUAAGCACGUACCACUCGCGGGCGUAGGGGAGACGAUCUUUAAGUCUCGGCAUUACAUUUGCCGUUUUCGUUAAUAUAGAGUGAGGAGGAAAAUUAUGGGAGAGUGCAAUUUGGCAACUUGUUAAAAUCUAUCGCACAAUAAAAUGCCUGCGAUGACAAGGAGACCGCCCCCCUGUCAUGGCCGUCGCAACUGGUUUUUAACAGCAGUCAACUGAUAUCAAUUCAGUGAGCGGUAUGGUCAGAUAUGUCGAGCAUUGGCAAGCAGCCUAGCAAAUUGUUUUCAUUAAUAAAACAGCAGAUUUAAAAAAAAAAGAUACAAUUAAUUUAUGACAUACCGGUAACAACAAAGACGGAGUGGGGGGGGGGGGGGGAGGAAUUACUGACGGGGGGCGGCAUUUAUUACCGACCCCCAGAACCUUCGCUCAAAGGGGGGGGGGGGGGGGGGGGCGAAGAAUGACUGCCUGUGGGCAGCAUUUAUUACCGACCCCCAGAACCUUCGCUCAAAGGUGGGGGAGGAGGGGGGAGAGGGAGGAGGCGUCAAUAGUGUUUGGUGUCUCCCCCGGUGUGAUGAACUCACGGUGUCACCCCCACCCAGAUCUUGUGGAAUCGCUUCGAGUUUUGUUUAAAUUUAUUUCCGCCUCUUGGUAAUGGUCAUCAGCACUCUGGCGUAAAUGCAAUUUUGUGAAUGGACUGUACGGGGCUCAUACAUAGACCGUUGGUUUGUUUCAAUGAUUUUGUGAUAACUUGUGAUUUUAUUACAUAAACUUGAAUUUUAUUGAAGAAAGUUAAAGACAAAAUUUAUAAAAACAUGCAUGUCAUAAUUUUAAAAAUCACUUGUUGCGUUGAUGUUUAGAUCACGUUCUCUCACAAUCCCCGAACUUCCCCCUUGCACCCUCUGGGGGCUGCGAUCACUCCAGGUUUGGAAACCCUGGUCUAAAGGGGAAACAGUCCUGGAAAUACUCAAAUCUUCAAAUUUACAUCGCCUGAUCUGAUCACCUUAGACGUCUGAUCAGCGUGCGAUGGCGAACAUGAUGCUGAAAUGAAACGCAUACCCAUGAUGAGGAUCUCCUUCACCGUGGUUUGCCAAGAACAUUUGUAAUCUCAGUGUCACUUUUUUGAUGCAAGUUCAGACACGGAUGAUUUACGACUGGUGACACCUUAAUUUUGUAUUUCACUUACAUUCGUCAUGAAACCGACACCGAGUGAGCUCUGUCAAAUUUACAAUUUUCCAUUUGGUGUCACCCAACUGUGAGGGUGUCACCCGUUGCGGCUGGCGCCCUCCAAUAGCGCCACUGGGGAGGAGGAUGCCGCAAGAUAAAUUAAUGAUUCCCUAAUUUAAGUAUGGUGAGCCAUGAACAUUUUAAGCAUGGUGAAUCAAGGACAUUUUAAGCAAUGUGAACCAUGGACAUUUUAAGAAUGGUGAACCAUUGACAUUUUAAGCAUGGGUUUAAUGUUGUAAGAAAGUUUUCAAACAAUUUACAAAGAAGACAAUCGUAAAGUUUUAAUGCAGUAGACACAAUGGCAACUGAAAAGAAAAAAGAUAUUUACAACCAAAAAAAAAAAAAAAAAAAAAAAAAAAAUUACACUUUGAAAAGGAAAAAAAGGAAAAAAACAUUAGAUACAAAAAAAAAAAAAUUUUAAAAAAAAAAAGUUUUAAAACAAUUUACAAAGAAGACAAUCGUAAAGUUUUAAUGCAGUAGACACAAUGGCAACUGAAAAGAAAAAAGAUAUUUACAACCAAAAAAAAAAAAAAAAAAAUUAAAACUAUUACACUUUGAGUAGGAAAAAUCGGACAGACACUUUAGUUACAAAACAAAACACUAUUUAAAACAAUUAAAACAACAGACAAUGACACGACUUGGCUUUUAAAAAUAUAUGGGGUCAAAAGUGGUGUCACUACUUACCCAAUUAGGAUAAUUGGGGGAGAGGGGCCUUCAAAGACGUCAUUGAUAGACUGUUUAUAGGGGAUGUGGAAGGGGUUUAUUUGUGUUUGCAAGUAUGUAUGUAAAAAUAUGAAAUUUUAAACUGUAAGAAGAGCAUUGGGCGUCUAAAAGAAUCUCGUUACACUUUAACUUUUGAUAAACGGUCAGUGAAUCUUGAGAGAGACACGGAUAUUCGGAAAGAAGCGAUCGUCUCCAAAACUGAUGAGAAAUUUCAGAACUUCUUCAGAUAUUGACAGUUUUUGUUAUUGUUUCCCGAAGCAAGAUGAUUCCCUCUGAGUACUUCUUUGGUUGAUUCACUGACUAACACUUCUGUGUUAUCAUGAACAUUUUCUUGUAGAGCUUUUAAAUGCGGGUCUGCAUCACGACAUCCAUGCCCCACCCUCGACACGCUUCUGUGUUAGGUCACUUAGGCAAGAUUGAAUAUGUUUCAUGGUGAACUGGGGAAGUAUAAUUUAUAUUAUGAUUUAUUCUUCCAAUACCUCCAAGCUUAGCUUUCUUAUUUUUGUCCUCAGCUGUUCUUGUAGGAAGCCAGAGCAGCACCAACAGAAUUCCGAGUUUAGUUACAGGACAACUGACGUAUUUUACCGUGCCUGAAAAUGCCCCUAUUGGUAAGAUGGAUUAUACGACAAUAAGUUGUUUUUAUUUUCUCGUUGACCGCCUUCAUUUAAUAAAAAAAAAUGAUAACGUUAUAAUUAUAAGUUGGCCUACAGUAUCUUUGAAAGUUGAAUAGUUCUCUGGGGCUUACCGGCAUCAUAAAUGAAUUCUUUUAAACGGUGUAAAAGACAAAUAGCGUACAAAAAAUAUUAUAUCUCAUAAUUAAAAGCGCAUUGUACUUGUCCUCCUCUAUUCAUGACAAACCUACCAUAAUUUUUAAGGGAUGAAACUGGGUCCUUAAGUGCCACCAGUGGCAUAUUUUGGGGGUGGGAGAAAGGAGUGACAUUUUUGAAUGCUUAUUACCAACUUUUAUGAUCAGAUGCAUGGGCGUAGGUGUACUUGUAAAAAUGCCGCAUGGUCUGCUCUAAACAGCUUUGUUAUUGGGAAUUUAUUUGAGUCUUGAGAAUAAUAGUGACUGUAAAUUCUGGCAUAUUCUAGCUUCUGAUAGAAAAAUGUGGGGGUGGGAGAGUCUCGAAAACCUGGACGAGAGAAAGAGAGAGAGAGAGAGAAAGAGAGAGAGAGAGAGAGAGAGAGAGAGAGAGAGAAGGGAGGAGGAGGAACUGACAUGCCUUACAUUCAAAGAUGCACCAUAUUUAUACACGAGCUUACACAUAAAUGAAUCCUCGUUGUGUAAUACAAACUUUAGACUUGGGCAUGUUUAGCAGUUACAUAAAACAUGGAAUUAGACAUCAAGAAGUUCUGAAAUUGAGACUAUCUCAAAUACACACGACCAAUUAAUUUCUAUAAAACGGAGAUUGAAACCAGGACAUAUUCAAAACCGGCCGGGACAAUGUUGCUAAACCGGGAUGAUUCAGGGUUUAACCGGGAGGUAUGGUAAUUUUAUAGUAGUGUAGUGUAAUCUAUAAGCCCUCGCUGAAAAAUGAUUAUGCUACUGCUACUAGUAAUUUAUUAAUGUCUUCGUCAUUAUGUAUGCUAAUAAAAGACUACUUUUAGUGGCACUUUGUGUUCAUAGUAAACACUUCUUUCCUUUUUUUUUCAGGUAGCUCCAUUUUCCAAAUUUCAGCCACUGACCAAGAUGGAGAUCAUCUGACCUUUAAGUACGAUAAAUAAAUUUAACCAAACAAAUAAUUUAUUGAAAUAAUUGGACAAAAAACAAACUUACAACAGCUGUCCAGAUUAAAUAUCAGGGGAUAAAAGAUUUCAAGUUUUAUUGACAAUGUCUCAAUACGAUUUAGAGAUUGAGACUAGGAAAAGGGGGAGUAACCUUUUUCUUUUUGUGUGAUGCAAAAAUUUCAACAUUUUAAUGCUUGGGUAAAUUUAUUUCUGUAUGCUGCUUUUUUUUUCUUUUCUCUGAGUGUGCAAUUUUCACGUUCGUGUUUUCAUGUGCAUUUGAGAUUAGAUUAAACUGUAUAUUAAUAGCAUGGUACACAUCGCAUUGGCACAUGGCAUUGGCACAUGGCAUUGGCACAUGGGAUUGGAUUAAACGUGUUACGUAAAUACAUUUUUUAUUUAUCACAGGACAGCAACAGACGAAACAACUUCAUUAGUCAACAUACAAAAUGUUGUUAAUCAAGGAACUGUCUCCACAUGCAAAAUAACACUAAAAAUAGAACUGGACUGUGACAAUGUACGUAUCUUUACCAACAUAAGAGGAGCUGUGGAAUUUUGAAAAGAUGAACUAGAGUAGGCCUAUACGAACAGGAUUGAUUUAAAAAAUAAAUAAAUACAUUUCCAGAUAAAGUAUGGUAAAUUUCUUGUUCUCGGCACCAAAGUUUACCUCUAAAGUUAUCCACAACUAGUUAUAGCCCGCCAAACACUGGCGACGGCAAUGCGUGAACUUCCCACCUACUAAAGUUACUUGACAAAAACGUGAACUCAAGUUACGCACAUUUAAGAAUGACAAUUUUGCUAACCCCCCCCCCCCCCCCCCUUUUUUUUUUUCAUUACAGGUCACUUCAGACUUUUUAUUUCACGCCCAUGAACUAUAUUGAUAUUCUCAUGUAUCAACCACUUUGAAACCGUACAUUUUUUACCUAAUCCUUAAAUUGAGACGAUUUAAUUUCCGAAAAGAAAAUAUUAGGCACAAAACGCAAUUGCGUUAUUAAAAAUAGAUAUAGAUAAUUUAGCGUAGUUAUCGGGAAUUAUAUAUCGGGAAUUAUAUUUUGCGCUCUAUUGAACUCAUUAUUGAACCACGCUCUGGCGUAUCUAUAAAUAGCCUAUUUGAUGGUUUGACCGUCUUGUUUGACCUUUGUUGGCGAAUUAUAGGCCUAUAUAUAGAUGGCUAAACAGCUUUUAACAUGACAAGCACUCAUAAGUUAAUAGAUAUCUAUAUAUUAACGUAGUGUAGGCUACUUAAGAAAACUUAAAACAUGUCAUGCCUAUCUCAUGGUUUUAAUUUUUAUCCUGCAGAGUCCAAGAAGCAGAUUUCUCUAUUUUAUAAUUGCUGACAAUGUUUAUGAGGUAAAUAGCAAAUAAAAUGAUAACAUAAUGGGAUCAGUGGCGUAGAAAGGGCAUGAAGAGGCCCCUCAGUUAUAUGGAGGGCAAGCAUUUUCUGACAACUACCGUUUUUUCAUGGAGGGGGUUGGAGAGGGAGGGGCAAAAUUCUUAGCCAGCAUAGACUAAGAAAAUCAUGAAUCAAACUUGAAAGAAUCAGGUGUCAGGCUGAAAUAUUUAUGAGCCUAGGCCUAGAUCAAAGACCUGUAGUCAAUGAAACCCUGCAAUUGUCUCCCACCAGUUAGUCUUAUUAACUAAAUUUCAAAAUUUGAAGUGAUUUUUUUAAUUUCCUUAAUAAACACAUUAUAAAGAAGGAAUAUUUUAAUUAAUUGUACAAAUACUCUAAUUAAAUAUACACCGCUCAAUAAAAAAAAAUUGCUUUCCACAGAUAAGAAUAAAGAUAACAAUGAUCAUUACAGACGUCAAUGACAAUCCACCAAGUUUUGUUGCUCUGCCUUACAUAACUUCUAUACCUGAGGUUGGAGCCCAUUUCUACAAAUCUAGACAAAUGUUUUAUUAUUUAGAAAAUAUCAGAUGCAUUUAAUUAAAUUUAAAUUUGAAUACAAUUUUAAAAUAUUAAUUUUUAAAACCAUGUCAAGCCUUGAACAAAUUGGAAAGGGUUGGACAUGAAGAAAUGUAUUAUUGUGUUGUCAGUGCAUUAAUAUAAAUAUAUGAUAAUUUUGACUUUAAUAAAUAGGAUCAAGCUGUUAACAGUGUCAUAUUCACGGUCCUUGCUUCUGACCCAGACACAGGGCUAGGUGGAAACAUUAAAUAUUCUUUUAAGGUUAGUUAAACCUGAACUGAACCAGUAAUUGUUAUUGAACCGAAUCAGUGAUAAGUUUGAUACAAUUACAAUGCUUAACCAAAUGAGCUGACAAUUUAUAAAAUUUUAAAAUAAAUUAAUAAAGCUGUGUUUGCAUACUAAAUAAAAUGAGUAUGUUUUUAAUGUUAUUUUACCGCAUUAUGUUAUAAUUUAUUUAAUGAUCUUUAAAAUUUAUAUUUUUGGGUGUAGGCCUAUGACUUCAAAUGUAUUUAUCUUACAGUGCACCAGAAACAGAUCUACUAUGUAAUAAAUAUACAAUGUUUAGUUCUUUGGUUAAUGGAGACUGAAAUAUGAACUUUUUGGUGUAAAAUAAGGCAUAAAAGCUAGAAUUGCUCUAACCCACAAUAAGUUUGCAUAAAAUUAUGUAAAUCAGUUUUAAUAAAAAGUGUCUAAAAGUAUUUAAAUAUUUUUGCAUUUCUAUACGAAAUUGUUAAAUCUGAGGUUUUAAGGUAGGCCUACUUUAAAAAGUUAUUUUAUUUUGUUUCAGGCCAGUAUUGACGUAAGCUAAAUAGUAUUUGUAAUAUAAUCAUAUGCUAAUUUAUAUUUUCAAAUUUAGAAUAUUAUUUGACAACCAAACUAACUUUAAAAUACUGCAAAAAUGAUUGGCUGUCUUGGCGUCUAAAGCAAAACUAUUUACACUUUAAAAAGAAAGGAUUAUACCUUGAUAAUUGCGGAGUAAUUUAAAAAAAAAAAUUGCAAUCAGGGCCUAGUGAGGGGAGUGACAAAGGGACUGGCAGCCUAAUGGGCCAACAUAAGGGAGGCGGCAAUAUAAUUAACUAGCUAUAUAUAUAAAUGAUAUAUAAAGUUCUUAAUGAGAACUAAUAAGUCCCUGAUAUGGCUAAGAGAAUUCCCCCAAAUAGACGUUUUUUUUCACUAGUGAAAUAAUUUAAUUUAGAUGUCCUCUGUUCAAAUUGUUUUAUUUAUGUGCUGAAAAUGUUCAAUGCAAUAAAAAAUUUUUUCCAUUUGUUUGGCUCAAUAAAAGAAUCGUUUCUUGUUGUAUCUUAUCUUAGAUACAUAUAUAUAUAUAUAUGUAUAUAUAUAUAUAUAUAUAUAUAUAUAUAUAUAUAUAUAUAUAUAAUGUACAGAUAUAUUUAUAUACCAGGUACCGGUAUAUAUCUAUUUAUAUUUUGGCCUAUAUCCACUAGGAUAGGAAAUUGGUCUGUCCGUGCUUACUUUGAUAAGUAAAACAAAUUUUUUUACAUAAAUUCCAUGUUUCUUCUAGUCUGAUCAAGCAGAUUACAAUGCAAAAUUCGACUUAGAUCCCAUCUCAGGCAAUAUAACAUUGAAGACAAGCCUAGACUAUGAGGAGAGAUCAUUUUAUCACUUAAAAAUAAGCUCAAUGGUAAGUAAAACAAAAAUGUUCAAAAUGUAUAUUUAAAUAUUCAUUUUUCCUCACUAAUAAUCUCAUUCAUUUUUGUUGUAGUUCCAGUGUGGGGCUGUAAUAGUAAAUUUAAAAAAAAGUAAAUCUUAAAGCGCUGAUAAAAAAAUCCUCUGAAUUUGAUUAUUUUCAUAAUUGUUGGAAAAUGGGUUAUUAUUAUUUUAACUUCAGCCUUUUUUGGGCAUUUAGGAAAUUUGAGCCAAAAUUUCUCAUUAUUCUUCUUAUCACAGCAAGCUAAAAUUUAGUGAACAGCUUAGUUUGGUGAAACAGUUUCAAAUUUUAAUUGAUCCUCAAAUUACUUAGUCUGAAUAAUAUGAAGCUUCUUUAAACUACUUGUUAUAUUUCUGGGUCAAGAUUUAAGGAUUUUAACCCAAACAGGAAAAUAAUUAAAUCUUAUAAAAUUGCUUGAAAUUUCAAAUAAAAUCAAUUUUAAUUGAUUCUCUGAAAGAUAAAGCCCAGAAAAACUUUGUUGCAGUCACUAUUUUCUUGUUUUGAUAUUUGUUAUUUAGGAUGAAGGCUCCCCAUCUUGCCCAAGUCCUCAAUGUAUCUGUAAAGCUACACCAGAGGUGUGUAAAGCUGAACCUGUUGAUCUCUUCAUCACUAUACUUGAUGUAGAGGACACACCUCCUGUCUUUGAAGGAUUACCAUAUAUUGGAACAGUCUCUGAAGAUAAGCCAGAAGUAAGUGAUUGAAAUGGAUUUGAGGCAACAACCUUGUAGGCUUGAUAAAAUAAAACUUAAGAUGAAAUAACAUAAUGCCUGCAUAACAUCAAAUUAAUUUUUUUUAAAUGUUAACCAUGCACACCAAGUGAUUCGUUUUACCGAUAUGUUGUAUGUUUUUUUAAAAUUGCCUUGAGUUGUACAGCCAUGUAGGAUGUUUUAAGAUUUUUCACUGUAUUUAGAAAAUAAAUUUGUACAAUUUUGAAAAAUGGCAGUGCAAUUGAUUCAAAGUUGGUCAAAUGGAAGGUUAAAUCCUUUUGUCAGUUUAAUAUAAUCAACAUUCUCAAUGUAAAAACAAAUCCAAACCAACUUCAGAAAUUGACCAAAUGGUAAAAAAAUCUGUUUUACACUGCAAAAUUAAAAAAGAUACUAUUUCUUCUCUUGAAGAUUAAAUUCAAACAAAUCAAGAAAUUAUAAAAAAGGCAAAGGUCGCAUGCAUUCAAAACAAUAUAAUUAAAUGAAACGUUAUAAGUUAUACAUUAAAAAAAAUAAUUUUUUCAUCACAGCUUUUCAUUUUGGUGUACAGAUUUCUUUUUGAACUUUUGUACAGUUUUUGAUCUUGUUAAAACACUCUCAUAUUAUUUGUUAUUUUGUAUAUUAUUAAUAGUCAUAAUUUACAAAGAUUAACAAUAUUUUGGAAAGAUACUAUGAGCCUUCCAUUACUCAUAACUUUUUGCAUCCCUAAAAACUCAAGGCAAUAAAUAUGUUCUAAAUCAGUGGUUCUCAACCUUCCUAAUGCUGCGACCCUUUAAUAUAGUUCCUCAUGUUGUGGCGACCCCCGGCCACAAAAUUAUUUUCGUUGCUACUUGAUUACUGUAGAGCAUAUGUGUUUUCAGAUGGUCUUCGGCGACCCCCAAAGGAGUCGCGACCCACAGGUUGAGAACCGCUGUUCUAAAUAGAUGAAGUCCCUUUAAAAAAUAUAUAAACAAAGGGAUUAAUUUCUAUACAACUUGCCCCAAAAGUUAAUAAAUUGUUUUCUUAUUGUAAUUUUGUUUAUCUUUCAAGAUGUAAAAUAACUUUUAAAACAAUUUUUUUGGUGGCAUGGAGAAGACAGUAAAUUAUUAAUGCCUACGCUUUCUCCUCACUUCAGGGUCUCAUAUUUUUACUUUGGUUGAACCACCUACAAAAAUUAAUAGAGAUGACUGACACCUCCAUUCCACUUGGCUAUUUAACCAUAACUGAAUGUUGAUUUCAAACCAGCUACAUCUUUGCUGUAAAACAUUGCAUCCACUUGUGUUACUAUAUCUAAUCCCAAUCAAAUAAUGUUUUUGUCAUUGGUGUCCAUUUUUUCAAAGACCAUUUUUUCCUAAAUUUUUCUAAAAUUAAUAAAAAAUUAUUGUUAAAACUCAUGUAGGCCCUAUAAUUGAAGUAUUACAAAUUUUAAUCCUCAGGGAUUUCUUAUUCUUAGAGUUAUUGCUUCUGAUGGGGACAGGGGAGUUGCUGUCCCUAAUAAUGUUUACUUUACAAUCUCUGGUGGUAAGAGAUAA